AUGGCAACUUACUGUGUGACUGGAGCCACUGGUUUUAUAGGGUCUUGGCUGGUGAACACCCUCUUGGAAAGAGGCAACAUGGUUCAUGCCACAGUUCGUGAUCCUGCCAAGUGUUCACACCUAUUAUCAUUGUGGACGAACACUGACCGGUUGAGAUUGUUCCAAGCUGAUUUGGGAAAGGAAGGAAGCUUCGACGAGGCUGUGAAGGGCUGUGAUGGUGUAUUUCAUGUUGCAGCAUCAAUGGAAUUCAGUGUUACUGUAGAAGAAAACAUUGAGAGUUAUGUGCAAUCAAAUAUCAUUGAACCUGCAAUCAAAGGAACCUUGGAUCUCCUCAAAUCCUGUCUGAAUUCUGGAACUGUGAAAAGGGUUGUGUUCACCUCUUCCAUCAGCACUCUCACUGCCAAAGACAGCAAGGGAAAUGCAAGAGCUGUUGUUGAUGAAAAUUGUCAAACACCAGUUGAUCAAGUCUUGAGUGAAAAAGCAAAUGGAUGGGUUUAUGGACUUUCAAAGAUUCUCACAGAGGAAGCAGCAUUUAGAUUUGCAAAUGAGAAUGACAUUAAUCUGGUAUCAGUGAUAACAAGUACUGUUGGAGGUCCAUUUCUCACUUCCAAGGUUCCAUCAAGCAUUCGUGUUCUUUUGUCACCAAUAACAGGUGACUCUGAAUUCCAUGGGAUAUUAUCUGCUGUAAAUGCAAGAAUGGGUUCAAUUGCUUUAGUUCAUGUUGAAGAUAUAUGCAGUGGCCACAUAUUUUUAAUGGAGCAUCCCAAAGCUGAAGGUCCUUACAUAUGCGCUGCCCAAAGUUAUCCUAUAUCUGAGCUGGUUAACUAUCUAGCUCAGGCAUACCCUUGCUCAAAUUCAAACAGAUUUAUGGAGGAGGAAAUUAAUGAUGUAGUGCCUUCAGAGAUCUCUUCAAAGAAGCUAACAGAUUUGGGAUUCAGUUUCAAGCAUGGACUAGAAGAUAUUAUCCAUCAGACAAUUACUUGUUGUAUAGGUCAUGGCUUUCUGCCUCCUCUUUGA